AUGGAGCUCCUGGGCGACCAGACGCCGUCACCGCAUCCGGUGCUGCGCUCGCCGCGUCGCAACACGCCCGUGUCCUCCCCCGCGCCGUCCCACAUGAUCUUUGAACCCCCGCCGCUCCGCCGCGACGCAGGCACGACGUCGCUGCACUUCCCACCCCCAGCACACACAGUCGCCACGCCGUCGCCGUGUGGUCUCGAGUCCCUCCCCACGACCGUCACGUCUUCCGUCGCAUCGUCUCCGUCGCGCAACUACGCGCACUACGGGUCGACGCAAUUGCCGACUGAGUCGUGGACGAGUCCCCGCGCGUCCACUGCUCGAGACGGCUGCAGUCGUGGCUGGAAGCACCGCGUGCUGGACGCUGUUCAAGCCGUGCCCAGCAUAGCAAUUGUCGUGCUCGUGAACUUGAUGAUCUGUGUCCCCUUUGGUCUGUCGUUCUUUCCCGUCGAGUGGCACGAGAUGCCCGUGCCCCGGGCGCUCGGGAUUCAGAUGUUCCUCUUGACGUCGGCCAUCUGCCAGUUCACCUUUGUCGCGCUCAGUAACUUUGACGGCGCCAUUUGUCAAAUGAUGGUCGAAAACGUGCCGUUCAUGCACACGAUCUCGAUGGCGAUUAUCCAGGAGCUGGGCGCAACGAGCCCGAGUGUCUUGCCGACGAUCCUCGUGACGUACGCGCUGUCGUCGGUUGUGUGCGGCCUCUUGUUUUUCGUGCUGGGCUACUGGAAACUCGGCAACAUUGUGUACCUUUUCCCAAAGCACAUUAUCGUCGGUGCCGUGGGCGGCAUUGGGGCGUUUGUGCUGCAGAGCGGGAUUGAAAAUGCCACGGGACGAGCGUUCGACUGGUCCUGGAGUGGCGUGAAAGGUCUGUUUGAUUACCGCGUCGUAUGGCUCUGGGUGAGCUCGGCCGUCUUGGCACUGCUCUUGUUCUUUCUCGCGCGUCGCAUCAAGUCGCCGCUGUUCCCGCCGCUGUUUUUCGUGUCCAUUCCUCCGCUCUUUUACGUGGGGUUGCUCCUGCUUGGGAUCCCAAUUGACACGGCGCGCGAGCGUGGCUGGUUCUUUGAUCGUGCCCCACACGUGCCUUUCUUCUCGUUGUGGCAACAGUACGACUUCUCGCUCGUAGCGUGGCAUGUCAUCCCGCGACACUUUGGCACGAUCGUGGGUCUGACGUUCUUCUCGCUCAUGCACGUGCCCAUUAACAUUCCGUCGCUGAGUCUCACGAUCGACAAGGAGGUGGACAUCAAUGACGAACUCGUUGCACACGGUAUCUCGAAUACGCUGGGUGGACUCUGCGGCAGUGUGCAGAACUACCUCUGCUACUCGACGUCAGCGCUGUACUACAAGUGUGGAGGCUCUGGGCGGCGCAGUGGUUUUGUCAUUGGACUGGUGUUGCUGUUCUUCUUCUUUGUUGGACCCAGCGCUGUUUCGUACCUGCCGCGGUGCAUGGCAGGCUGCGUUAUGAUGCAUCUGGGCUGGGACCUGCUGAAAGAAGCGCUGAUUGACACGUAUGUCCAGCUCGAUGUACUGGAGCUGGGCACGGUUUGGGCCAUUGCCGGGACCAUGACGUUCUGGGGCAUGAAUCAAGGUCUGGCUGUUGGCGCGUUGCUGGCUUGCUUGACGUUUGUCAUGCAGAGUGCGCGCACACCGACCAACGCGCCGAUCCGUGGAAGUAUGAGCGCUGCUACACUCCGAAGUCACACGUGGCGUACGACGGACGAACUGGAUGUGCUCGAUCGCGAGUGUCGCAACAUCCAUGUCGUGCAGCUCAAAGGCCAUCUUUUCUUUGGCAAUAUCAACCAGCUCAGCGACUACGUGCGCGAGCUCUUUGGCAAAGGGUACAGUCUCAAGAACAGUAAGGCUGGGCCUCUACUCGAAAGUACGCUACAUGACGGCGCGCGGCUGCGACCGAAUAUCUGCUGGCUCGUGCUUGACUUCACGCUCGUGGUGGGGUUGGAUUCGUCUGCAGCCGACCGUCUCACCAAGAUAAAGUACGCAUGCGAUGCACACAACUGCAAGAUCGUGUUUGCAGCGGUGCCAAAUGCGUACGAAAAGUUCACAGUGCACCUCAUCGAGCUCUUUGGUGACAAUGGCAUGUUGCACGUUGCAUCGGAUCUAGACAGCGCUCUUGCGUGGUGCGAAGACGGCAUUCUCGAGAAGACUAUGGUGAACAAGCAUGAAUCUCCUGCCAAUGCGGGCCGAGCGAAUGAAGACGAGUUGGCGCAUAUCCGCAACCUGCGGCGGUUUAUGCCGGACCAGCCUCUCUCCGUCCAGCAACGUCUAUUGGAGUAUUUUCGCAAGGAGGAACUUGACAAGGAUACAGUCGUGUGGAGGCAAGGCGACACACCCGACCGUGCUUUGUUGCUCAUUGAUGGAGCACUCACAGCCGUAGUGGAGGAAGAGGCUGGUACGACUGAAGCUGUCUCGGUCGGAUCGGUCGUGGGUGAAAUGUGCUUUCUCACGGGCGAGAAGCGAAAGACGUCCCUUAUUGCAACGAAGCACUGCGUGGUGUACGUAUUGGACCGCAAGAGCUUUGCUGCCAUGCUCGAGAACGAUUGCCACCUGGCGUUCCUGUUCCAGGGCAUUUCACUGCGCUAUACUUCGUACAGGUUACAGUACGUGGGCAACCGCAUCUGGGAAACGAAGUGUUUGCCAAUCUAA